CUUCACUCUACUCUACAACCGCCACCACCACAAUGUCCAUCCCAAUCACCCUCCAAGCCCCCUCUCUCGACAACCGAGAAGCCAUCGUCGAUGCUCUCAACCGAACCGUCCUCUCCUUUGACACCGGCGACGUCGCGCUCUUCAACUCUGCCUUCUUUCCCGACGCGACCUUCACCUUUGGUGACAACGUGAUGCAAGGGCGCCAGUCCAUCCAUGACAACUCCUUCGCCAACGUCGCCAAACUCGAUACCACCCACUUUCUGAGCAACAUUCGGGUUAGCGUGGUCGAGGGCACCCAGAACAAGGCGACGAUCACGGCGUCCGCGCUGGCGCAGCAUUAUCGUCCCGGAGAGGGAAACAAGCCGGGUGCGACGCGAUUGAUGAGCGGAUCGUUGUAUUUUGUGGAUGUGGAGAAGGAUGACACGGAUGGGUUGUGGAAGGUUCGCAACUGGGUUAUGAAGCUGGUGUGGACGGAGGGCGAUUGGGGGGUUAUGAAGGGGGAGUGAGCCGAUAUUGCCCUGGGAGAUGAGUGACGAGGUAUGGGUUGUCUUAGAGUGUAUGUGGCAAGCUCGGUUGAGACAAAUUUGGUGUUUUGUAUCAUCGCCUAUCGCCUGUUUAUAAACACCUUGGCUCAAUGAAACCAACAGGCUUGACCAGAGCUGA